CAGGCUGCUGGCUGGCAGACACGCAGGAGUGCCCGGCCAGCCGAGGUGCCAGCGCAGACCCUGGCCCCAUGGCUGCUGGGUCCAUGGAGCAGCGGCUGGGCAGCCUCACCAUCUUCACCCAGGAGGACUUCGAGGACGAUUGGCGGCAAAUAGCCAGUGGUGGCUUCAGUCGAGUGUUCCAGGCGAGGCACAGGCGCUGGAGGACUCAGUAUGCCAUCAAGUGCUCCCCCUCCCCACAGCAGGAUGAUACCAGCUCGGAUGUGAAUAGCCUCAUUGAAGAAGCAGCCAAAAUGGAAAAGAUCAAGUUUCAGCACAUCGUGUCUAUCUACGGGGUGUGCAAAGAACCCCUGGGCAUUGUCAUGGAGUUCAUGACCGGGGGCUCCCUGGAGAAGAUGUUACCCAGCCACAGCCUCAGCUGGAACCUGAAGUUCCGCAUCAUCCAUGAGACCAGCUUGGCCAUGAAUUUCCUCCACAGCAUUAAGCCUCCUCUGCUCCACCUGGACCUCAAGCCAGGCAACAUCUUGCUGGACAACAAUAUGCAUGUCAAGAUUUCAGACUUUGGCCUGUCCAAGUGGAUGGAGCAAUCAACCCGGAUGCAGUACAUUGAGAGGUCGGCUCUGCGGGGUACCCUCAGCUACAUCCCCCCUGAGGUGUUCCUGGAGAGUAACAAGACCCCAAGGCCCAGCUACGAUGUGUACAGCUUUGGGAUUGUCAUCUGGGAGCUCCUCACUCAGAAGAAACCGUACUCAGGACUCAACAUGAUGACCAUCAUCAUCCGAGUAGCAGCAGGCCUGCGGCCCUCCCUGCAGCCUGUCUCCGAUGAGUGGCCAGGCGAGGCCCAGCAGAUGGUGGCCCUGAUGAAGCGCUGCUGGGACCAGGACCCCAAGAAGAGGCCGUGCUUUCUAGACAUCACAGUCGAGACAGACAUGCUGCUGUCCUUGCUCCAGAGUCCUGUGGCAGACCCUGAGGUGGAGGCCCUGGCCAGGAAGGUGUCCUGUAAACCAUCUCUACGCCACCGGGCCCAGCAGGUCAGCGAGGAAGCCAACCAGGAGCUCACAGACAGCGAUUCGGGAGACUGUCUGAAGCGGGCUUUGCAGCUCUCUGACAGUGAGAGCUUGGUCCCCAGCGACGAAGAGCUGCGCAUUUACCAGAACAAAGUCACACCCCUGCACUUCCUGGUGGCUCAGGGCAGUGUGGAGCAAGUGAGGCUGCUGCUGGCCCACGAGUUUGAUGUGGACUGCCAGACAGCCUCCGGCUACACACCUCUGCUCAUCGCUGCCCAGGACCAGCAGGCUGAGAUCUGCGCUCUGCUCCUGACCCACGGUGCUGAUGCCAACCUGGUGGACGAGGACGACUGGGCCCCACUGCACUUUGCAGCUCAGAAUGGGGAUGACCGCACUGCCCGCCUGCUCCUGGACCACGGGGCCCUUGUGAAUGCCCAGGAGCAUGAAGGCUGGACCCCCCUUCACUUGGCUGCACAGAACAACUUUGAGAAUGUGGCACGGCUUCUGGUGUCCCGUCACGCUGAUCCUAACCUGCGUGAAGCUGAGGGUAAGACCCCGCUCCAUGUGGCUGCCUAUUUUGGCCACGUCAGCCUGGUCAAGCUGCUGACCAGCCAAGGAGCUGAGCUGGAUGCUCAGCAGAAAAACCUGAGGACACCACUGCACCUGGCAGUGGAGCGAGGCAAAGUGCGGGCCAUCCAGUACCUGCUGAAGAGCGGAGCGUCCCCAGAUACCCUGGACCAGAGUGGUUAUAGCCCACUGCACACUGCCACUGCCCGGGGCAAGUAUCUCAUCUGCAAGAUGCUGCUCAGAUAUGGGGCCAGCCUGGAGCUGCCCACUCAGCAGGGCUGGACGUCCCUGCACCUAGCAACCUACAAGGGCCACUUGGAGAUCAUACACCUGCUGGCUGAGAGCCAUGCAGAUGUGGGUGCCCUUGGAAGUAUGCAGUGGACCCCUCUACACCUGGCUGCCCACCAUGGGGCUGAGACUGUGUUGUUGGCACUGCUGCGGUGUGGGGCUCGCCCCAAUGUUGUUGAGCAGUCGGGCUGGACACCCCUCCACCUGGCGGUCCAGAGGGGCACCUUCUUGAGUGUCAUCAACCUUUUGGACCAUGGCGCAGAUGUGCACAUCUGUAACAAGGUGGGCUGGACACCUGCCCAUCUGGCUGCUCUCAAGGGGGACACGGCCAUCCUCAAAGUGCUGGUCAGGGCUGGUGCCCAGCUGGACAUCCAGGAUGAAGUGGGCUGCACACCACUGCAGCUGGCCCUCCGGACCCGAAAGCAGAGCAUCGUGGCCUUCCUAGAGGGCAAGGAGCCCUCACUGGCCAUUCUGGGUAGUGUUGAGCCAGGAGCCCAGACAGAAGUUUAGGCUCCACCUUGCUUGGAAGAGGAGGGGUUGGUGGCGUUGAAACUUGGUUUCGGAGAGGACUCUGUCUCUCCUGCUCUUUUGACCUUGAGAGGAAAUAGGAACCUGCGUCUCAGGUGAUAGAGGGAAGGGGAGAUGUACCACUGAGGCUGUAGCUUAGAGAUGGGCCCUGGCUGCUUCCAGCCCUCCUCCAAGUCACCUCCAACAGACCCCUGGCUUCUCCCUACUUUACAUGGACUCAAGUCACCUAGCUGAGCUCUCUUUCCAGUUACAAGAUUCCUGCCCUCUGAAUACAUGGGGGUCUUUGCAUCCUAGGAAGCCUCUCUGAAGACAAAGGUAGGUUUAAGGAUGGGAAAUGAGCUCUUGCUAGCUCGCAUCUUUGUUGCUGGCCCUCCUCUCAGACUAAGGCAGGACAGAUGGACUCAAACACUUUGCCCAGGGGGCUAGAGCUCAGAGUACAGUGCAACUUCCUGCUUCCUGCCUAAAGCCUUAGCCAGCCCAUCACCACAGUGACCACAUCUUCCCAGUGGCUCUGCUUUGGCUCCCAUGUGGUCUCUCGGGGGUGAAGAAUGGACGCUCCUAACUGUAGAUGAAUGGUCCUGUGUGGACGCCAGCUUCCUGGUUCCUGGCCCCACACCCCCUAAUUUCUUUGUGCCCAGAAAUGUGUCCAGUUUCAAAUCCUGGAGUCAAUAAACCUGUGGAUCUGAA